CCCUACCCUUCACAUCUCUCGGAAAACACAAUCACUCUACCUCUUUUUAUCGGUCACCAAGUCAAGGCCGACAGGGGGAGAACUCUGCCUCACGGGUUCAUGUCGUGGGAAUUCAAGUUAUCACAAACUAGUCCAACAUUGAAAAGUUUAAGUGUUGUUAGUUAAUGUUAUCUGUCUCUAAACUCCGACGAGCCAACACCUGACACUAACAUGUAAGUUUUUAAUAUAAAAUUUCCGUAAACUAUUGUCCAAAAGUCAAUCAAAAGGGCCUACAUUUUUUUGCCUGUUCUAAGUCAGUAAUUAAUAAUUAAAGUGCUAGGAUUUUGUCGCUAUUAAUUAAUUCAUUCCUAGACUUAUUUUAGUUGUUAGUAUUCCUGCCAUUAGACUUAUUGCUCCAAGUAAUUUUAAAAAAAUUUAUAACCCCCCCCCCCCGAAAUAAAAAAGAGAGUGGGCUCAGUGGAGAGGGUCAAAUGGACCCCCGCCUUCUGGAAUUGCUAAACUUAUUAAAUUACUAACUAAUAUUGAGAAAAAUACUGAAACAACAAAACUAAAAUUUGAACUUACUAAAUAAUCAAUUUAACGCCCCCCUGCAAAUAAUCCUACCAUGUGCCCUUGAUUUCUGUGGCUUUUGGAUUUAAACUGAAAUUUAAAUGUCUUAGUCUUAAUAUUCUAUUUAUAAAUAAUAACCCUUUUUUUAAAAGUAUAUACAUUUAGUAGAGCUUGGUAAACUACCUGUAUUUUUUUUUUCAAAAUUGAUAUGAUACUUCUAAUAAUUCAAUAAUUAUUAAUAAUAAUAAAUUUUAAUAAUUGUGUUGCUGUAGCAGAGUGAAUUCCAAAGUCACAGUAAAGAUAUUAUUAAAUUUAAAAAAAAUUAUGUUCGUCUAUUUGUUGUCUUGAAAACUUUUCAAUCAUCAAUGGCAAAAUGAGAAAGAAUCUAUCAACCAAUAUUAAAAUAUUACCUACUUGCUUUUAUAAGUUAUUUAUUAUAGGUAGAGGCUGGAUCCCCUUAUAUGUAUCAUUGUAAGAUAUUUUUUGGUUGGAAGCUGAGUAAAUGAUUUUAGUUAGUUUAUUUCUGGCCAAAAAUGUACAUAUCUAUUGACUUUAUAUGAUCUGAAAUUGUGUGGGAGACAUAGCUCUGUUCUAGUUUCCUUAUCACUGAACUCCUCUUUACAUUUUAAAUGGCCCUCACGAGUGCUCUUCACCACAGUAAGGAAGAGAAACAUAGGAUAACAACUGUUGUAAUUAUCUGCUUAUACCUAACUGUAUCAUAUGAUACUCUAUGAUUAAUAUUUAGGAACCUAUGCUGAAGAAUUAUGUUUGUAGUUGUGAUCUAAAAGUAGAAAGUUAGUUCUAGUUUAAAGACUUUAAAUGGCAGGAAAAUAUACCUUUUUACAGAAAACUCUCUGUACUCGAGUAUUUCAUUUUGCACUUUAAGUAUCCAUCCUGUACUUGUGUAUCACAUCCAGUACUUAAGUAACCCUUCCUGUACUCUACAUAUCCCAUCUUGUACACAUUGUAUCCCAUCCUCAAACUAGUAUAUUCCAUCUACGGAGUAUCAGUAUCACAUACUCGUCAAGUCUAUCCUAUCCUGGACUCAAUGUAUCCCAUUCUAACUUAAUUUAUCACACCCUAGACUCAUUGUAUUCCAUCCUGUACCUAGUGUAUCCCAUUUUAUACCUAGUGUAACCCAUCCUGCAUUCAUUGUAUCCAAUCCUUUACCAAGUGUAUCCCAUCUGUAAUUUGGUUUGUACCAAGUGCAGUGCAUAGGUUAUCUCCCUCUACUUCUAAUUCUUUCCCUUGUGUCCCCAUUAUGGAGUGUUUUUUGUUGCCAAUGUGUCAGUGGAUAUCAGUCACUCCAACAGUUGUAAACAAAAUAGACUAAAAACAAGGAAACUGUAACACCGCAGCUCUAGAAAUCUUUCUAUAAAAAUUGGUCAAGUAUUUUAUUUGUUGAUUUUGAAAAUAUCCACAUUACAAAGAUUUUGAGAAGAGAUAUUUCAUAUGUUUGAGGCCUAGAACUUCUCUACUUCAGUGUCUCCCAACCUUUUUUGUCCCAUGCCCCACCUUUAUUGGAAGAGCUAAACGUCCCCAAUAAUCUUCUACUAUCUUUAAUAUCACGGCCUGACCUUUUGCAGGUAUGACCACACAAGCAAAAAUUUCACAUUUGGCAGGCCAAAAGCAGGGCAGUGCAGAAGAUUUUUGGGCCCAGAGAAAUAUCAAAUGUUAGGUCUCCACAAAUUUUAAAAUAAUUUUAUCAAACUUAUCAAAUUUUCCCCUUUUUGGGCGCCCCCCCCCCCCCUUCCCCCUUACGAACAGGGCCCUGGGUGAUUUACCCUUUUGCCUCUGAUCAACCCUGAGCAGUGCAGAAGAUUUUUGGGCCCAGAGAAAUAUCAAAUGUUAGGGCUCCACAAAUUUUAAAAUAAUUUUAUCAAACUUAUCAAAUUUUCCCCUUUGUGGGCGCCCCCCUCCCCUUCCCCCUUACGAACAGGGCCCUGGGUGAUUUACUCUUUUGCCUCUGAUCAACCCUGCCUAUAAGUACAGUUAAUGAUACUUCCACUAUCCUUGAUAACUUUGAAUGAAAUGAAAUAAUGUUGAUGUGAAUAAAAAUUAAAAGGGACCUAACAAAAUAAUACAGUUACAAUGAGUUUGAACCCAGAGAAUAUUUUAAAUGAUAUUUGAUCCCUUACCAUUGAUCAAAACUUGUAACUACUUCUUGCAUCAAAUACAAUUCACAUUCAUUGAUUUUGUCCAGUUUAAAUACCAACUGUAGCUGAACAUGUAAUGAGAUUAUAGCUGUGCCUGUACAUUGACUUUAAAUCUAAAUAGUCAUACUUCAUGAUGCAAUGUCAGUGAAAUAAGGAUGCAUAAUAAUUUUUUUUUUUUUUUUUAAACACCUCUAAGAUUGAAGUAUUGAACUGUGUGUGACAUAGAAUGAUGCAAUGUGUUGAGUUUUAUCAUUCCCCAGUUCACUAGACAUCUAUUCUGAAUUAAAAGGACUAAAUUAAAACAUUCUAUUACAUUUAAUGUGUUUUAAUACCAUUUUGCCACCUGAAUUAGGUAAGUUAAGUAUAGCAAUAGAUUAUAGCUGUGCCUGUACAUUGAUUUUAAAUCUAAAUAGUCAUACUUCAUGAUGCAAUGUCAGUGAAAUAAGGAUGCAUAAUAAUUUUAUUUUUUUUUAAACAUCUCUAAGAUUGAAUUAUUGAACUGUGUGUGACACAGAAUGAUGCAAUGUGUUGAGUUUUAUCAUUCUCCAGUUCACUAGACAUCUAUUCUGAAUUAAAAGGACUAAAUUAAAACAUUCUAUUACAUUUAAUGUGUUUUAAUACCAUUUUGCCACCUGAAUUAGGUAAGUUAAGUAAAGCAAUGUCUUGGCCCGACUAAAAAAUAAUAAUCAUAUUUAGUUACUUAGAAAUUAAAGUUAUUUCUUUCAUUUCAGAUAAAACUAAUAUAAAAUGAUGAGCAGGUUUCAGAAGCCCAUGCAACAGACUUCAAGGGUUCUCACACAUGUCUUCAAGCAGUAUUCCACUAAAGCUGCCCCGGCUGUAGGGCCGGCAAAAAUUGGCAAUCCAUCUGAAAAGGUUUUCAGCAGAGAAGAAAAGUACGGAGCCCACAACUACCAUCCUCUGCCAGUGGCAAUUAGAAAUGCUAAAGGUGUGCUCCCUGUUCUCAAUAAUAUAUUUAUAAAAAGUAUUUCCACACACACGUACUUGUAUAAAUGUAUGCAUAUGACUCUUUAUAUUUUUUUCAAUUUUCCCCAAAAAUACAGAAAUAUAGAAAAUAUGUACAACUUUUGACUAACGCACUGUGUAAUGUUCAUUGUUUGAGAGCUAAUAAUUCCUAAAGAAAUAAAUAUUUAUAUUUCCAGCCAUUAAUAAAUGAUGACAGACAAAACUGAUCCACUGUACCAAUGAUUGUAUAUCCCCAGGUGUUUUUGUGUGGGACGUGGAAGGCAACAAAUAUUAUGAUUUCCUCAGUGCCUACUCUGCUGUGAAUCAGGGCCACUGUCAUCCCAAAAUUAUUGCUGCCCUGAAGAAGCAAGCAGAGAUUGUUACAUUGACUUCCAGGGCAUUCUACAAUACAUGUCUUGGAGAAUACGAAGAAUAUAUUACCAAACUUUUUGGCUAUGACAAAGUCUUACCAAUGAAUACUGGUAAAAAACAAUUUUUAUGUCACUUACUUUGUUAAUUCUUACUAGGAAAUGUGUGUAUUGCAUAACGAAGGAACGUAAAGAUAAGACUUUUAAAAUGUUUGAUAAUGGAGGGAUAAUUUGAAGGGAACUAGAAGGGCAGUUAGAGUUACAUAACAUUUUUAUUUGUCAAACUUUUGAGAAGGUGCAGUUGAGUUUUGUUACAAAAACCAGUAAGAAACACUCAAAGGUUUUAACAUAAAUACCAGUCUGUACUGUGAAGCACAGCACACACCACAGUGGGUAAUGAAUAUGAUCUUUUUGUUCUUUUGGUGAAACACGCCCCUUAAAUUCUUAGUUUUAGUAAAAAGACAUGAUCAAUUUUAAAAUAAUUUGACACUCUAGCAUUUGAAAAAUUACAAUAUUACCUCAAGGGCGGCUGUAUCAUCAUAAGGAACAACUCUGAAGCCUGACAUAAAGGUCCCACAAUCCUUGUAGCUAGAGGAAUCAAAUUUUUAAAUUUUUCAUUUUAGCUUACUGGGUAUACAAGUAUGUUUUUGAGUACAUUAAUAUUUUUGAAAGUAUGUGCCUUGUAGUUAUGAAAAAAUAAAAUGAAUAUUAAUAUGGUGCAACUAAUCAUAAAAUGCCAUAUUUAACCACAGAAACUAAAAAUUAAACAAAACUAAUGUUGCUUAUAUGUUUCUAGAGACUGACAGAAUUUCGGCUUCGGUGCCUACAGUUGCCAUUUUAUCACUUUCGGCCUGGUCUCGGCCAAAGCUGAAAAGUGAACUUUUGGUUUAAUUUCGGUUUUGGCCAAAACUGAAAAGUUAAGUUCCGGUUUACUUUCGGUUUCGGCCAAAAGUGAUUGAGACUUCAAUUCCUUUUGCCUUCUACCAGAUGUCAGAUUGUCACUGUGACGGCAGGCAAUCCGAUAUUAAUUAUUGCGCAAAGUAUUGCCGUCAUCGGUAAUAUAUAACAAAUAAUUUGCGAACACUGUUCACAGCUGCAUGACUUGUCCAAUAUUUUAAGAAAUGAAAAUUUCAUAAAGGCAAAAGUAAUUGUUAAUAGUUUCGUGGAAAAAAAAACUAUGGGGAAUGAUAAUAUUUAUAUUAUUAUUUUUUUAUUAAUUUGUUCAAUUGGGAAAACUAGACUUAUUCAAGUCAUUUAUUUGUGAAAUACAUUUUGAUUUAUCAUUAUCUUGCUAAAAAAUUUAGCCAUUGUCCAAAGUAACUAGCAUUGUGAAAAAAAAUCUUAGGAAUUGUAAGAUUUCCUUUAUUAUUUUUUACAUUAUUAUUUUAUUCUUUUUAAUUUGGGAUCCCUAGGCUUUCUCAAUUAAUUCAUUGACAUUCAUCGUUAUUAUGCUGAUAAAUGUUUUUACUGACAACGAAAUAAAAGUAUAAAAUAUCACCACACCAAAUGAGUCAAGUAUGAAGUGUAUGGAAACAAAUGAAAAGAAGGAAAAGAAUGAACCUUUAGUAAUAUUUAAAAAAUAGUAAAACAUCAUUACUUGUUCAAUUUUGUAUAGUUAGGCAAAAGUUGCCUUUCAUUUAAAUCAUAAGGGUACACACGUAUGUGUGUUCACUGUUUCGUAAAUAAUUAUGUAAUGGGGCUGUAUUAUCAAACUAAACCAACAUUCACUAAAAUUUUGUUCAAUCUAAGUCAAAUCUAAAAUUAGCUGACAAAUGAUAAUUGCCGAUAAACAAUUUCAGGUCCACUAAUAAGGACAACACUGAAAAGUUAACUUUUGGCCUGGUUUCGGUGUCAGCAGAAAUCAGAAAAUCACUUUUGGUCUGUCUCUACAUGUUUCUAUAACUUGCCAGGUGUUGAAGGUGGUGAAACUGCUUGUAAAUUGUCAAGAAAGUGGGCCUACACAGUGAAGAAAAUUCCAGAAAAUAAAGCACGUAUCAUCUUUGCUGAAGGCAAUUUCUGGGGGAGGACUUUAGCUGCCAUCUCAUCAUCAACUGAUCCAUCCAGCUACAAGGAUUAUGGGCCCUUUAUGCCAGGGUUUAGUGUUGUUCCUUAUGAUGAUACAGCCGCCCUCGAGGUAAUAUUGCCCUUUUUUUUUAAUGCUAGACUUUCACAUUAUUUAAAAAACUGUUUCAUAUUAAUUUAUAGAUAAAAUUUCAAAUUUUUUUAAAUGAUAAUUUUUGUAUGAAUCUUUCAUACUAAAAGAACAUUCCUUGUUUAGCUUACUAAAUAAGUUGUGUUGCAAAGCCUACUACUUAUUAUUUCAGAAAGAAUUUCAAGAUCCCAAUGUCUGUGCAUUUAUGUUUGAGCCUAUCCAAGGAGAAGCAGGAGUUGUUGUCCCACAGGAAGGUUACUUAAAGAAAGUCAGAGAAUUGUGCACCAAGUACAAUGUGUUGAUGGUGGCUGAUGAGGUUCAGACUGGGCUUGGAAGAACAGGGAGGUAAUCAUUACAGUUUCCUACAUCUGUCAAAAUAUAAUUAUCUCCAUUUGGUAGAAGUUUUAGUACUUUGUAAUGUCACUGGUCAGUGUGUUGCUAUUUUGGCAUUUAGUAAAAUAUUCCAAUAAUUCAUGAACAUUUUCAUAACACUUUUGCCAAAGGAUAAAACCUUAUAUAAAUAGAAUUUAGAACUCAGCAUUCUGAUAGGAUUCUUUUAAAAAUGUAAUAUAAUAUUCUUUGUUUUGCAAGGUAAAAAGAAAACAAAAUAGCACCUGCAUUUCUAAUAUAGUUUUUAUUUUGAACAAUCUAAUAAUUAACUCGAUUAGAACUGAUUAUAAUCUAAAAUUGUUAUUGUAAUUCAUUUUGUAGGAGAUUGGCUUGUGAUCAUGAAAAUGUGCGCCCUGACAUUGUUAUCCUUGGAAAAGCCCUUUCAGGUGGAGUUUUACCUGUAAGUUUUGUUCUCUCAUAACUGCAAUAACCAAAAAUCAUCUUAGCUGACAUUAAUGAAUUUUUUAAUUGCUAUUUUUUCUUAUCAGUUAUUUGGAUUUGGCCAAAUAUUUUAGAAUUUUAAUUGAUAUCCUAAAAAUGAAUCAGUUUUUAAAGCGUUCAUUUUUUAUCGAUUAGGUUUCUGCCGUGUUGGCAGAUGAUGAUGUCAUGUUGACCAUCCGCCCAGGUGAACAUGGAUCAACAUUUGGUGGUAACCCGCUAGCCUGUAAAGUUGCACUUGCCUCCCUUCAGGUUAUAGAUAUUUUAAAAUAAACUUAUGGGAAUGAUAGAAUUUAUAUUCUCACAAUGAUCUAAAUAUUAAAUAUUACAUAAUAUAACUUGUCCAAAUGUUGUAGAGUGAAAGUUAUAAAAAAAUUAAUUAAAACACUUUCGAUGGUAUUCUUCUAUUGUUACACAAAAAUCUUUUUGCUAUUUUAAGUAAAUGAGCCAUUUCAUUUUUGGAUGCAAGCCUUCCAACAGCUUAGUUAUAUACAUAUAAGUAUGUACUCCCUUUAGUCCCCUUAUGAGUUUGUUGCAUUAUUUCUUAAUAUUUACAAAAUUGAAUUCAGGUUCUUGAAGAAGAAAAUCUUGCUGACAAUGCGGAGAAACUUGGGGAGAUUCUUCGUAAAGAGUUAACAAAACUGCCUAAAGAUAUUGUCAGUGUUGUCAGGGGCAAAGGGCUUCUCAAUGCUAUUGUUAUUAAUGCAGGUAUAUUCACUUUGUCAUAUUAACACCGGUAUGUUCAAUUUGUCAAAUUAAUGCAGGUAUAUUCAAUUUGUUAUAUCUGUCUCUACCAGGGAUAACUUUGUAUCCUAAUUCAAAAUAAAUGAGGCCUUUCUCUUGCAAAGUAAAGACAUCAAAUUUUAUUGUAAGACCUGUUUCCUCUUUCUCAAUAUAUUUUUGAUAGAUCGAUGAUAAUUAUUGAUGAUUGUUAUUGAGGAUAAUUAUUGAUGAUAAUUUUAUCUCAUAUUUAUUUUAGAAUUUGAUGCCUGGGAAGUUUGUCUGAAAUUGCGUGAUAAUGGACUUCUUGCAAAACCUACGCACGGUGACAUCAUCCGCUUUGCUCCACCCCUUGUGAUCACAGAAGAACAGGUACAAGAGUGCAUUGAAAUAAUCUCUCGGGUCGUUUUGAAUUUCAAAUAACCAUUUUUUCCAGGGUAUCUAUAAUAUGAUCACCAAUUGUCUUUGGUAAGCUGGUUUUUUUUUCUUCAAAAUUUUUUAUAUUCUAUGGUCCAUUGUCUUUUUAUUAUCUUUUAGGCUAACCUCUGGUAAUAGACCUAUAGAUUGACAAAUGAGAUGAAAACUUAGAUCUGAUCAAAUGGUUAUGGGAUGAAAAUGAUCUUACUUAUAUUAAUCCGUGGAAAGAAAUCAGCUUUGCACUUAAUUGUUGUCAAGAAAUUGCUUCCAUUAAAAAAAAUUCACUAAGUCCAUUAGCAACAUGUCCCAUAAAUAAUUUAAGUUUAAGCUGUUGCUUAGUACCUAUUAAAAUAUAUUUUAUAAAAAUUGUUUUAUAUGAAUGCUUAAUGAUACAAUAAUGGCAUAGCUGGAAUAUUAUGGAAGAUUUUUGUUGAAACAUUUGAGUAUUGUUUGUUCAUAUAUAAAAACCAUUGUUGCAUCAUGAUCUCUGUCUUCUACAUAAAAUAUUUAAAUUAUUUAAAACUUUGGUUGUGAACUUUAACUUAAUUACACACCAGUUGAUAUGGGUAUAUUUGUUGCUAUAACUUGCAUUUUUAUCCGUCAAAAAACCAGUGAUAAAUUUGUUUUAAAACUGCAGUAAUGAUAGUCUCAUAAUUUACAUGUUAAAAAAAAAAAUUACAUUGCAAUGUUCAGUUUUUAAACUCCUGAAACUAUAGAUUUGAAUAUUGAAAUAUAACAAUAUUUAUUUCUCUUUUAUUUAUUGUACAUUUGUUUUGCUUGUCAGUAUCAACUAUAAAUUAGGGAACUUGA